UCCAGUGAGUUUUCAAAUGAAGGUGAAGCUUGCUGAGGGUGACAAAACCAGAAUCACACUUGCUUGUGAUGCAUAAUCUCAAACUCAAGAACCUUUGAAAGCCAGCCAGCUCAUUUGGUAGCCUCUCAAUUACUCCAUAUCGUGAUCUGUGAGUGACCAAAGAAACUCCACUUCUCUCACGCGCAUCCCACCAUCUUCUUCCACAGUUUCAUCAUUUGAGCUUCUGAUAAACUAUGAAGGGCAGACUCUGUUUCUUCAUGCUAGCUCUGCAGAUUCUUGUCUGGGUUUCUGGAGCAACGAGAUCGAUCCCACAAACUGAUGCCAUCAUUUCCCAUCCAGGCCAAGAAGAGGCUCCACAGUCAUCACCAUACGCAACAGAACCAAACAAGAAGGGCAUGGCAGAGACAAUGGUGGAAGAAGAGUAUGAAAGAAGAGGGGCUGGUAAAGUAGGGUCAAGCCCACCAAGAUGUGAACACAAGUGUUAUGGAUGCACGCCAUGCGAAGCCAUUCAAGUGCCAAGUAUUAGUAGAAGAAGCCAUUUGGCUAUUCAGUAUGCAAACUAUGAGCCUGAGAGCUGGAAAUGCAAGUGUGGUCCUUCCUUCUACAGCCCUUGAAUGAAUAUUAUUCACUGUUUUGUUCAUACAACUUCACACAUACCCAGCUUAUCUCAAUGUUAAUGUAUAGUUGAUUGA